CCUGCGUGUGCGCGCACGCUGCGGGUAGAGCAGGAGAAACAGACUGAGAGAUGGCAAAAAGGUCUGCUCGCCUGGCGAAGCGGUGGAGUGGUUGAGACUGUAUUAGACGGGCACAAGAGCAGCGGGCACGUAGAAUCAUGGGCCGCAGUGUCAGGUGUGGAUCUCCGACGGCUUAGUGAUCACGCAAUCGCUCUCACAGCAGCUAAUGACAUGGCCACAGCCUCGACCAGGUCAGACAGCAGUAAUCGUCACAAUGGGAGAUCACAGCUACACACAACUGUUUCCUCUGCCAAACUCAAGAGGAAGAAGAACUGGUUUGGAACUGCUAUCUAUGUGGAGGUAGCUACGGAUGGAGAGGCCAAGAAAACUGCAAAAUCAAACAGUUCUUCUAAUCCAAAGUGGGACGAACGCUUGACGCUGAAUGUAACACCACACACCAAAUUGGACUUUAAAGUAUGGAGCCAUCAUACCCUGAAAGCCGAUGUUCUGUUAGGAAAAGCCACUCUAGACAUUAACCAGGUCUUGGAGCUACAUGAACGAAAAUUGGAGAAUGUCAGAGAGGUCCUGAAGCUCACCCUGGAAAACAAGAGUGGAGUGAUCCCCACAGGGGAGCUGACAGUUAUACUCGAUGGCUUGGCCCUCGAUCAGGAUUCACUGCCCAAUGGCAAUACAGACUUGACCAAAGUUCAGCAGAAUGGUAACGCUAUUCAUGAAAAUGGAGGUGAAACUUCUACAAGGGCUCGAUCAAGUUCUACCAGUGGCAGCUCCAGUGGAGUAGACAGUCAGGCACCCUCCACAUCUUCUGGGCAGAGUGUCUCAGUAUUCGUAAAUGGAGAUGGCACUUCUUCUCCCUUGCACGGGACAACCAGCCCUGGAAACACCCCAGCUCCAAAGCCGUCAGACACUGAGACAACUGACAGGACAGUAAAUGGUGAUAUUCCUGGCUGUACUCCUGCCAUGCAAGAUGUGCUACCUUCUGCUGGCUGUUUGGCAGGUGGCUGUGAUGCUGCCACAUCUACUCCAGUAGUGAAUCCUGCACCAGCUCCCUCACCGCCACCCCCUGUGCCUGAGAGCCCUCCAAUGGUGGCAACAAGUGGUGGUGCCCAAGCUCCCUCUUCCUCCACGUCGGUCAGCGAGGCCAGGGCCAACAGCAGCAGUGCAGCAGAGGGAGGAAAACCCAGACAGCAGACAGGCAGUGCCAGCACAGAUCCCCUUCCACCUGGGUGGGAGCAGAGGAAAGACUUGCAUGGCAGGACCUACUAUGUUGACCACAACACGAGAACCACAACAUGGGAGAGACCACAGCCGUUACCGCCAGGCUGGGAGAGACGAGUGGAUGACAGAGGAAGAAUCUACUAUGUAGAUCACAACACCCGAACAACCACUUGGCAGCGCCCUACAAUGGAGUCUGUCCGCAACUUUGAGCAAUGGCAGUCACAGCGCAGCCAGCUGCAAGGAGCUAUGCACCAGUUCAACCAACGAUACCUCUACUCGGCCUCAAUGAUGUCAGCAGAAAAUGAUCCAUUGGGUCCUCUGCCUCCAGGCUGGGAGCGACGGGUGGACUCUAACGACCGGGUAUACUUUGUGAACCAUAACACCAAAACCACACAGUGGGAGGACCCUCGCACUCAAGGGUUGCAGAAUGAGGAUCCACUUCCUGAAGGCUGGGAGAUCAGGUACACUCGGGAGGGGGUGCGUUACUUUGUGGAUCACAACACCAGGACAACCACCUUCAGUGACCCCCGCACCGGCAAGUCCUCUGUCACCAAAGGCCCACAGAUCGCAUAUGAACGCAGCUUUAGGUGGAAACUGGCCCACUUCCGCUAUUUAUGCCAGUCUAAUGCACUGCCCAGCCAUGUAAAAAUCACUGUGUCCCGACAGACAUUGUUUGAAGACUCUUUUCAGCAGAUUAUGGCCCUGAAGCCUUAUGACCUGCGGAGGAGGCUAUAUGUCAUAUUCAGGGGAGAGGAGGGGUUAGACUAUGGAGGACUGGCACGAGAGUGGUUCUUUCUGCUUUCCCACGAGGUGCUGAAUCCCAUGUACUGCCUGUUUGAGUACGCAGGCAAGAGCAACUACUGCCUGCAGAUCAACCCAGCGUCCACCAUAAACCCUGACCAUCUGUCCUACUUCUGCUUCAUUGGUCGUUUCAUCGCCAUGGCACUGUUUCAUGGUAAAUUCAUUGACACAGGGUUUUCCCUGCCAUUCUAUAAGCGCAUGUUGAACAAGAAGCUCACAAUCAAAGAUCUGGAAUCCAUCGACCCAGAGUUUUACAACUCUCUUAUCUGGAUAAGGGACAACAACAUUGAGGAGUGCGGAUUGGAAAUGUAUUUUUCGGUGGACAUGGAAAUUCUGGGAAAAGUUACCUCACAUGAUCUGAAGGCAGGUGGUACAAAUCUGCUGGUGACGGAGGAGAACAAGGAGGAAUACAUUGGGCUGAUGGCAGAGUGGCGCUUUUCCCGGGGAGUGGAAGAACAAACCAAAGCAUUUUUGGACGGCUUUAAUGAAGUGGUGCCUCUACAGUGGCUACAGUACUUUGAUGAAAAGGAGCUGGAGGUGAUGCUGUGCGGAAUGCAGGAGGUGGACUUGCAGGACUGGCAGAGAAACACAGUCUAUCGCCACUACACCAGAAACAGCAAACAGAUCAUCUGGUUCUGGCAGUUUGUGAAGGAGGUGGAUAAUGAGGUUCGUCUCCGACUGAUGCAGUUUGUCACGGGCACCUGCAGGCUACCUCUUGGGGGUUUUGCUGAGCUGAUGGGGAGCAAUGGUCCUCAGAAAUUCUGCAUUGAGAAGGUGGGAAAAGACACAUGGCUGCCCAGGAGCCAUACAUGUUUCAACCGACUAGACCUGCCUCCAUAUAAAAGCUAUGAGCAGCUGAAGGAGAAGCUCCUGUUUGCCAUUGAAGAGACAGAAGGGUUUGGCCAAGAGUAGAUGGACUCAUGGUGGAAACAGAACUCAGAAGAGCAAAACUUCAGUAAUGUACCCAGCCAAGUAAAAAAGAAAAUCAAGUUGCACAGAUACCUACUAAUGUAUAUAAGCUAUUUUGUCAUUUAAAACUGUUUUUUUCUGAAACUCAUCUAGCAAAUUUCCCUUCAUUCUGCCUCAUAAAUAUGCAAAACUUCCUUUUAACUGUAUGUUUUUUCCCCCUUCAAAAAUGGGGGAUUUUUUUUUGGCUGGGUUUCAGAAGAGGAGCUACGUUUAGUUUAUGGCUCUAGUUUUAUAGAGCUCAAAGGUGACUGGUCAUUCUUGGCUGGCUUCUUUGUUUUCGGCUGUGCACUUUGGAUUCACCCAGUUCCCUGUCACUCUAGUGGUGUUUCCCCAGUGUUCAGCUCUUGCAUGGCUGUCUGUAGCAGUGCUUGAAGUCCAAGACUGCCUUGGGGAGUAAAAAAUGCUGCUGGCCUAUUGGGAUGAUAUUCUCAUAAUAUUGAUAAGGUCUAUGUGCAGGAAUGGGUGAUUUUCUCUGCAUCUACAUUAAUAGGGAUGUCAUGUCUAGUUAGAGCUCUGUGAACCCUCUCUCAUAUUCUCUCUCAUAUCUUUUUCUGUAUUCACUGGUACUUUUUCAUAUUUGUUUCCCUUUUAUUUGACUAUGCAGUGUAACAUUUACUUCACUGCUUGCUACUUGUAUCUGUGAGCAGUGUUGGAAAUGUUGCCAUUAGAUCUCUGUAUCUGACUGGCCAUCACAUGGCAAAUGUUGUGAUCAGAAGGGAAAGUGAAAAGAAUGAAGCUCACCUGGCCUUGUUUCAAGGCAUCACUGAAAUUAACAUACCUUGUCUGACAUAAAGAUAGAGAGCUCUGUUCAACAUGGCCUUUUGUAUCCAUCUAAAUUUUCUUCUACACAUGGCUAAUCUUGUGGUUUAUUGUGCUUCAUGCCUUGAUGAUGACCUCAUAUUUUGCAGGUGGGAUAAGGCUUAGAUUGCAGCUUGACGUGCACUGAUUCAGUUAGUAAAUAUUCCUGGAAACAUUUAAGGUUUACAGUUACUAAAUUUAAUCCAGCAAUUGCCACAUUUCUAUGCAGUUUUCCUAAACUUUUAUUCAAAUGAAGGUUAUAAUCCAGUCAAAGCCAUCAUCAGUUUGGUUUAUCAUUUGGGUAUAUGAUAAGCUCUCCCACUGUACGGAACAAACAAAAUGAAAUUGGUAAGGUGUAGCGAGAUUCAGCCCAGGCACUGUAACCUCAAUUUAUUUUUUUUCUCUGAAGAAUGCUGCGAAAAUGGUAAGAUUUCACACUGCAGAUUUAACUCAGCUCUCCUGUUUGUUUAUUUUCUCCUAGCUAGGUCUAAUGCUUUUUUAGCUUUAUUUUCAGAAAGGUCAAAUAGAGCUCUUGUGUAAUUUCUGCCCUUGGUGUUCUCCCCUGUACUACUCCAUAUAGUGGGUUUACUGGGUUCAAAGACCUCAUUCUUUAACGCCACCUAGCAUUGUAACAUUUACGUAGAAAUGAAGUAUUUGUAAUAACCCAUCAAAAGCUAAUUUGAAAAUCUGUGUAAUAAAAACUUUAUUGCUGCAUCCUGAAGAUAAGACAUUUUUGUUAAAGCCAAUCACAAAUUUGUUCACACCUAGUGAUGCUCUAACUUGGCAAACCUUAAGAAUAGUUAGUUGAAAUAUAAUCACUAAGUCUGUAUAAAUUGUUUAAAAACAUAAGCACUGUUAGUUUCAACCAAAUUUCUAUGCUCUGGAUGAAGUGUACUCAAAUUUAUUUAUCAAACAGAAUUCAUGUGUGCACUUAUAUUAAAAAAAUGUAUGAUUAUCACUAGAUUUAAUAGCAUAUCUUUCAAAAUGAGACAUACUUUGAUAGGAACAUAUUUUGUGGAUCCUUAAUCUUGUAUUUAAUCAGUAUUUUGUGGAUCCUUAAUCUUGGGUAACCCUCCUGCACCCUUUUUAUAGAUUUAGGCUGAACUACAGUGGCAUUUUAGAUGAUCAAGAAGGCUGAAUUAAUGUUGUCGUAACCAACUGAUUGUAGACUUUAUGUGUGUUUUGGAUUGUCCACCUGCUGGUGCAUUUGCAAUGAAAUUUGUGCUUCUUGACACACAGCAUCAGGUUUUGUCUGUCCUGGCAAACAUUGAGACAUUCCCAGUUCUGGUCUCUUUGUGGACCUACCACAUUACCAAAGGAAAAACUGCAGAAUUACAUUUAUGGCUUUUGUGUGAGCAGUCUAGAGGGUAUGACUAAGUUAUUUAUUUUAACAUAUGCUAUUGAUAUGGUACAUUUUUAGUUUUGUAAUUGUUGAAUUACACACCUGCAUUUUCUCAGCUCAAUUAGAUUUUAAAUACAUUUUAUCCAGGGUGACUACAUUUGGAGGCAACUGUCAAAACGUAUCUCGUUUCUUGGUUAUGUGUGUUUAAAGGCAUCAGCUUGGGCUGCCAGCUUUUAAUGUUUAUUUCUUUGGUUCACAAUUGAAAUAGCAUUUUUAAACCAUAUUGAAUUGCACAUAUCUGAUGAAACAGACUAGUGACCACAUUAUUGUUUAAUAAAUCUAAAAAAAUAAAAUAAAUGGCAAAGAAAUGAAUGGCAGGAUUAACUGACAGGUAAUUAACAGACAUGCAUUAUUUGAAUUUACUGCUGGGGAGGACAUACAGCAGUCUGCAUUUUGAAAAAAACAAGAGUAUAGAGGCUCAUUUAAAGUUUCAGUGGUAAUUGCCUUCUUAGUUUAAGACGCAUUUAAAGACGAAUGGUUUUGGAAGAAAUAAGUAUUAAAAUUUGCAGCCCUGUUUAUAUAAGCACAUGUGAGUCUGAGAGCCUGUAGCAGUCCUGGUGGAGAGUGUAAAGCAGUAUGAGUAGGAGCUCUGUUAUGCAAUGCGCUGCUUUUCUUUUAAAGGAACAGGCAGCCCUGUCUAUCUCAUUUAGUAGUAACUAGUGUAAACAGUGGUUCUCAGCCCUGGUUCUACACUCUUUCUGCUGUUUUGUGUUCCAUCUUGGCUGCUAAUCACCAGGGCGAAUUGCUGCUAGUAACUUAUUUGUUUUUUUUUCUACACUUAGACCUCGGUUUCAAAAAUAUCUGAAUACAGUGAUUAUCCUGUUUCUGGGUAUCCCCCAUCUGUUCUGGUUUUGCUCCAGCUGAGUUCUUACUUUAAGCUCAAAAGAUUAACUGAAAUGUAGCCAACUGGACUUAAUCAGAAAGAAAAACCACUGACACUGCUGGAGUGUCUGAAAGUCCUGUUCCCAUCUGUGUCUGUUCAUCAAUUGAUCAAAAAUAAUGAGCUGUUAAGAUGGAAAUAAAGGAGCAAAUUCUUAAUUAGCAGGUUAAAGAAAGGAUUCAUUCAGUUCUGUAUGCUGAAGUUGUUGGAAAUAAUGUAUUUGAAACCAAGGACUGAGUGCAGAAAAAAAUCUACACUUGCAAGCAGAUCGGUUGUAGCCACCAAUUAGUACUGGUGAUGGAAAAACUCAGCAGGAUAAAAAAUUAUCAAGACAGACUCCUCCAGUACCAGGAUUGUGAACCACUGAGUUUCUAGUAAAAUAAGAGUGCUCAGGGGAAAGCAAUAUUUCACAGUAUAUCUUUGUUGCACAAACGUUUUUUUUAUUAGGUUACAUAAAACUAUUUAACCUGAAGAAAAAAUGCUGACCUUCAAACAUCACAAUGUAGUGUCUUGGGCAGCAGUGAAUUCUUGCCACCUUCGCUCGCUCUCUUGAGGUGAGAUUACCAUCAGUGCAGAGGGAGAGAUUCUUUCAUAUGGCACAAAGUACAAUAAAUUAGACUGAUGGAUAAAUUAAAAUAUUAGCUUCAAUUGAAAAUGGUAAGACAGAACAAAUGUAUAAAUAAUAUGGAAUGUAGUUGUUAUUUUGGUUGAGGUGUUUGUAGAAUCAAUACACCCAGUAGGACUUCAGAUUGAAAAGUAUUAAUUCUAAAGGUGAUUGUAACACCUUUCAGAAGCUGCAUAUAAGUUAAUUACAGUGUAUUAAAAACAUUUUCGUUUCUUUAUAAAUAAGACUGUUUUUUUAAGGCAGACCAGCUCUUGAAACCCUUAUCUAGUGUUGGGAGAAAGUGUUAUUUCUGUCACUUCAUCAGUAAUUUUCCUUGGACUCCACAUCACUCACACUAAAAAAACAAGUUACAUUUCCUCAGCUGAAAAAGGGUUAAUUAUGUAAGAAGUGGACUUUUCAGAUAGGAUUAAAUAUGGAACAAAAUGCGCAGAAAAUGUAGAUGAAUACUUCACAGAGGGGUUUGUCAUAGGCCUUUUGGUCAAACGUGGCUUCUGUUAUCUUGAUUUCAAAAAUAUUGUACAAAAAAUUAAAGCAACCAACAUUGAUACUUCAAGAAUAAAAACUGAUGUUCUGGCUUCCUACUUGCUGCAGUCUCUUUUUGCGAUGUAAAACUGAUUUUUUAUUAAAUAACUAUUUUACUAGCAAAAAGGAGACAGCUACAAUUUGUUUGUUGCAAGAGGACACAGCUAUUGAGAUGUAAAAUACAAGUUUUACCUUUUCUGGUUAAGCUGCAAUAUCUCAAUACCUGCCAAAGGUGUAAGGACAAGUUUGCAUUUGAAAAGGCAGAUUUGUUAAUGUUGCAUGUUUGAAAGUUGUACAAAGUCUUUCAUUACACUCUGUAAUUUCAGUUUGAAAAUAAACAACAUCUUGGGUUUCAGAGGAAAACUUUUAAGGUUGAGGGAAUCUGCAUUGUAUGCUGAACUCUGGUCCAUCCUUUAAAAAGGUUUAUUGCAUUUCAUAAUGUCAAAAUACUGGACUGCAGAGUGCAGAUACAGCUGCUAACCAUGCAGUGAAUAGAGCCUAAUGUUAUAAUGCUUCUUUGACCUUUGUACUAAUGCAUCCUCAGAACCUUGACUAGGCAGUUGUUGAGCGCAGUGUAAUAAGUGUAAUGCUAUGUAGGCAGUGCACUGACUUGCACUCUAUAAGAUUGGCGCAUGUAGUCAGUUUGCCAGUUCAGGAAGGGCUUAUAGUUUACUUAAACCUAUCUACGGGACUCAGUGUCUUUUUCACCGUACUGCUCUUAAAGGUAGUAACAAUGCAGCGGUGUUUUCCUGUUGCAGUAACGAUCUGCUUUAGGUUUAAAGGAGUCCGCUUACAUUCAUUUUACAAAUUUCAGCUUAUUCGUCUUUUGCUAUGAGAUAGUUUGUGUGCAUAUUUGACUUCUUGUCACACAGGUGUUAAAACAGCAAUCUGAAUUUUACCCAUUGAUUUAAUCUGUGUACUGAUUUUUAGACUUAACAUUGUCUGUAAUUAUGGCUUUGACAUCUUCACAUGCACUGAGCUGUAAAACAUUGUCUGAACUGAAAUUCAGAGAAGACUGAUGAUAGUGCUUUUGGGUUUUCACCAUUAUUGGAGACUCGGUGCAGCCAAGGAUAAAAGACAUUCUAGUGUGCUGGAAAAUUCCUAGCACAAUGUUAUUCAGUGUCAUGCAAUUCAUUUUUCACAUUACAACAUAAUAGUCUUUUUGAAAGAAUAAUGUUCAUACUGCAUUAAUUGUGUCAUGUAGAUAGCCCCCAAGUACAGUACAGCUUUUCAUUGUGUAAUUUCAAAUAUGUAAAAUAAACUUAUAUUUGUAAUUACAUAAAAAUCAAAGAUCUUUAUAUUCCAUCAGAACCCUUAGUGUUAAUUACAGUAAAAACUACUUUAGGUAAAUUGUGCUUCCUAAGAAGAAAAAGACAAUUGUAAAAUGUACUCUUUAUAUCAAAGGAAUAUAUAGCAUACAGUUUCAUUACAUUUUUACAGUCCCAGGAAAUUGAUCUUUUGGGGUUCUGUGAUGUAUUAUUUCUAUCAAUGACAAAAUACUGUAACAUAUCAAAUGUAGUCAACACUGUAAAAAUGUAUACUGUACAGCUCGAGCUGUUUAAAACAUGUACAGAGGAUUUGAUUUUAUUUUUACCUGCUUACCAUCGAAUGAUUUGGUUUUUAAGUAAACUUGUCCUAUAGUUAAAAAUUGGGUUAAAAAUCUUUGCUCAGGAUUUAUCUUGUUGGAUUUUUUUCAGACCUGCCUGUGGAAAGAACCAUAUUUAAUAAAUGUAUCUUGACAGUC